ACAGGACGCCGAAAACGCGAAACAUCAACUAACAGCAAUGUGGAAACAACGACCUCUUUUGUCCCUGAAACCACCCCUAUCCCUGAACCCGAACCUACCUCCGUGCCAGAACCCACCCCAGAACCCAAAUCUGAGUCUACCCCAAAGCCUAAAUCUAAACCAAAGUUUGCACCAAAGUCUAAACGCUUACCACUUAAUCAUUCCGCGCUGAAUCCCAUUCCGGGAUCUAAAUCGGUGCUAGAACCUAAGGGUGCAUCUAAGCUUGAGGUAGAGCCUACGCCUGAACCUACCUCAGAACCCACUUCUGAGCCAGAACCCACUUCAGAACCUACAUCCGAACCGGAACCUACAGUUGAGCCUAAAUCUGAGCCAGAACCUACAGCGGAGCCUAAAUCAGAGCCGGAACCCAGCCCAGAGCCGAAAUCUGAGCCCGAACCCACGGCCGAACCCAAAUCUGAACCUGAACCAUCCCCAGAACCGAAAUCAGAGCCCGAACCCACGCCAGAACCCAAAUCAGAGCCAGAACCGUCCCCCGAACCGAAAUCAGAACCAAGCCCUCAACCAGAGCCUAAAGCCGAGCCUGAGCCUUCCCCGGAACCUAAAUCAGAACCCGAACCCUCCCCAGAACCCAAAUCUGAGCCAGAACCUUCCCCAGAACCUAAAUCUGAGCCAGAACCUUCCCCAGAACCAAAGUCCGAGCCAGAACCUUCUCCAGAACCAAAAUCAGAACCCGAACCCUCCCCAGAACCGAAAUCUGAGCCAGAACCUUCCCCAGAACCCAAAUCUGAGCCAGAACCCUCCCCAGAACCGAAAUCUGAGCCAGAACCAACCCCAGAACCCAAAUCUAAGCCAGAACCAUCCCCAGAACCCACUAAAGCCGAGUCGGAUACCGAGAUAUUGCUAGUCAAGGGACUUACCGAAGAAGCAGGCUACUUCCCUGCACACGAAUACACUCCCAAGUUCGAUUUCAACCCCAUGGACUGUACCGAUAUCGUCAUAGGCACCGCUAGAGGAAACUACCAUCGCGUGCUGGAUUAUUACACUAGAGACAGGUCUACCCCACGCGUGGACACCUUCUGGGGAGGCCACGAUGACGUCACAGCAGCCGCUGGGUUCGAGGAGAAUGGCGUCACCACCAUUAUGUUCAGGAAGAAGAUUAAGGCCAAAGAACCCACCGACCACUCCAUAGUGGAUGACCUGAUGCACAUCAUCUGGGCACGGGGACAGGAGCCCAACAAAUACGUGCACUCGCCCCCUUCGGGCAUAGAAAAGGGGACGGCUGCUACCGGAGACUUCUACAGGCAAGACGAGCUGAAAUACCAUGGACAUGGGUCGCAGCGAGGAGUGACUAGGAUCAAUUUCUUUGAAGAAGCAAAGACCUCGUUCUCCGGCGGAGUUUUCGCCCUCCCCGACAAAUGUGGGGGGUACUGGCAACACCCCGCCAACUGUAGUGUUGCCAACAACACCUGCGAGUACCACGCAUCCUGGGAGUAUCUCGGAUUGAAGAGGGGGAAGGAUUCCAUACGGUUUACCAUCAAGACCAAGCAUACGAAUCAGUGGACGGGGAUUGGGUUCAGCAAUGAUAGGAAAAUGUCCCAAACAGACGCGGUCAUCGGCUGGGUGGAAUCCCGGUCGGGAAGGCCAUUCCUGAUGGACACCUGGGUGUCAGGCUACUCCGCACCCAGGGUCGACCCGCGUCAGGAUCUGAACAAGCAAUCUGGCAGCCUGGUAGAUGGUGUGACUACCCUCACCUUUGUUAGGAAGAGGGACACUGGUGACCAGAAGGAUCUCGCGUUCACAGAUACCCAGUGCCUGUACAUGAUGUUCAUCACGCAAGGCGGAACCUUCGAGCCAGUGAACAAGCGCACCAGCAAGCAUUUGCAGACGCCAGUCAUUUCCGAGAAUAGGGUCUGCAUCAAGCCCUGUGGCCCUGAGCCCCCAGAAGAAGAACUAACCACCGAGCCGGCCAUCCCAGGUCUAACCGCUUAUACCAUGCUAAUCCGGAUAACCGGUUUAGCUGACAGCUUCCGACCGCCUGCCCCCGGGACUAAGGAGUAUGAAGAGUUGAGCAAGCAAGUGGCUGAUAGCUUGGCCAGUGAGAUGAAGAGCACUAAGGGCUUCCAGGGCGUGAUUGUUAACGGGUUUAUGCAGAACGAAACAAAAGCAAUAAUCGCGGAACUGACUCUCAAAUCGAUCGACUCCAACCUAAUCGAAGGCUCGAGCGCGCGCUCGCUCGAUGGCGCCGUCUCUGUCGCGGCCAACGAGACAGACAAGGACGGCGAUAAAGUGAAGUGGGAGGCGGCGGUGAGAGAGACGCUUGCACUAGGAAGAGUCGGGAAUGUGAACGUGGAUCCAGACUUCUUGGUGUUUGAACCUAUGAGCAUCGUAUCAUAUCGCCCGCAAGAGGAAGAAUCGGACAGUGCUCGUUCCUUCUUCGGCCUAGCUGAAACAAAGCUGUAUGUAGUGGCCGGAUGUGUAGCGGCCCUUAUACUGGUGGCGUUACUACAGGCUGUUUGCACGCUGUAUGGCGGCCGUGGAGCUAGCAAGGGCAAGGUUGUUUUUGGCUUGAUACCAAGUGACAGUGUGGAAGACGAACUUUGUAUUGCUUGUUUAGUGGCGGUCGUGGAGCUAGCAAGGGCAAGCACAGGAGUCAGCGAACGUACUUUCUUCGGCCUAGCUGAAACAAAGCUGUAUGUAGUGGCCGGUUGUGUAGCUGCCCUUAUACUGGUGGCGUUACUACAGGCUGUUUGCACGCUGUAUGGCGGCCGUGGAGCUAGCAAGGGCAAGGACCAGCUAAUCCCCUCGUCAGCGUGGAAGGACUACUCAUCGAACACCAACUACGCCUUCGAGCCGUUCGAGAACGACGACAAGUUCGCCACCGCCUCCACCCGCCGCCCGCCGUCCGGCGCGCCGCCGCUACGCCCCACCGGCCCGCCGCCGCCCAGGCCCAGUAGCGCGCACAGGAUGACGCCGGUCAAGACGCCAACCAACGGCCACAAGUUGUCAGCCAACGGCAACGGCCGCAAGUCGCCGGCGCACGCUAACGGUCGCACACCGCGCCCUGCUAACAGCGCAGCACAGUAUUACCAUGACACACGAUCGCUGCAGCGGCCAAGACAGCAGUAUGGGUACGUCGGUCGCGGAGCACACGGCGGAGGCAACGAUCGCGCGACGUACUCGCUGCCUCGAGGCCGCGCCGAUGCGACGCACGCGCAACCUGACUUCUACUUUAUGCCGUCGCAGCGGAAGUAUGAAGGUGAAGUGGUUAGGGUCUACGUGGAUUAUCGAGGGAAUGAUUAGGGGUUGGGUACCAGAAGAAACCUGGGGUUUCGGGGUGACAAAGUAACCAACAAGUUCGCAACUA